AAAUGUAAUGAAAAUUCUCGAGUAAUGCGAUAAAUAUAUGUUUCAAAAAAGGACAUUGUGACAUGGGUAACAGAGGUUCGGUUGCGGGAAGAAAUUGUCCGUAUCAUGAAUGCCGAAAGGAACGCCAUGGAAAAUUCUCUAAAAGCACAGAUGCACAUAAAUCGUCACCUAAAACAUCAGGACAUCAUGUACAUCGAUAUGAUGUUAAAAAUGGAAAGAUCGCUAAUACGACAAAUCCAUUUAUCAUAUUUUUCUUGAGACUAAGGAGUAAAAAACCGAAAGAACCAGUGACAUUGAUUGCGCGGGUCGCUGGAAAGAGGUGGACAAAAAUGUCAUCGGAUGAGAAACAGAAAUAUAUCAAUCUCGCCAAUGCUGAGAAGAAGAGGAGAGAAGAUAAAAAGCGAAGACGCAAAAUAAAAAUCACACAGUAGAACGUUAUUUAUAUUGAAUUAUUUAGG